AUGUUUGAGAAAUACAACAUCAAGACGACUUUCUUCAUCCCAGGCCAUUCGCUUGAGACAUUCCCGGAGCAGUGCAAAGCGAUCGCGGAGGCAGGACAUGAGAUUGGGCUGCAUGGGUACAGCCAUGAGAACCCAAGGUCGAUGACUCUGGAACAGCAGACGAUUGUGAUGGACAAGGUUCGCUUCUCCAACGGUCUGGUGACUGGUUGCCAAUUUCUGACGCUGGCGCAGUGCUACCGUCUGAUCAAAGACUUCCAAAAAGGCAAACCACCGCGUGGCAUCGUAGCGCCAUGGUGGGAAUCGAGCCAGGAAGGUGCGGAGCUGAUGCUUCGAUACGGCCUUGAGUACGACCACAGCUUCAGCCACCACGACUGCCAAUGCUACUGGCUGAGGACCGGCGACAAAUGGAUCCCUAUCGAUUUCGAGAAGCAUCCAGACCAUUGGAUGAAGCCUCUGGAGGCUGGUCCUAUGACGGGAUUAGUUGAGAUACCAGCGUCGUGGUAUCUUGACGACCUGCCGCCGAUGAUGUUCAUCAAGAAGGCGCCGAACUCUCACGGUUGGGUGAAUCCGCGAGAUGUAGAGGAGCUUUGGUUGGACCAGUUCAACUAUUUCUACCGUGAAUAUGACGAGUUUGUGUAUCCGGUCACCGUACAUCCUGAUGUCUGCGGUCAUCCUCAUGGGCUCAUGAUGCUGGAGAGGAUCAUCGACUACCUCAACACCAAGGAAGGCGUAGAAUGGGUGACUAUGGAACAUAUCUGCGACACCUUCAAGUCAAGCAAUGAGCCGCCAAAGGGCGCAAUGAUGCCUGCCAAACAGGGAGCGAUCUUGGAGAACAAGGAUUUAAAGCUGGAAACGAAGUCGUGA